CACCUGCAUUAGCUUGGGAUGCUAUGCUUAAGAUGACAGGUGUUAAAAUUGAGCUCUUUACAGAUAUAUCUAUGCAUGAUUUUAUAGAAAAGGCUAAGCGUGGAGAUAUAGCUAUAGCCUGUAAGCACUAUUUCAAGGCCAAUAAUCCAAAAACAGGCAAGACAUUUGAUCCAUCUAAACCCACAACAUGGAUUUCAUAUGUUGAUGCAAAUAAUCUUUAUGGCUGGGCUAUGAGUCAGUAUUUGCCUAUUGGAAAUUAUAAAUGGGAGGUAAGUCACAAAUAUCUUGAGGAUAAUCGAAAUGAGCAAAAGAAAUAUCUUGAAAAGAUUCUUAAUACUAAAACAGAUGCUAAAAGAGAAUAUUUUCUAAAGAUUAAUGCACAUUUUCCUUUAAAAACUCAUGAAUAUUUGAGUGAUUUACCUCCAGCUGUAGAAAAUAUGGCCAUAAAUAAAAAUAUAUUAAGCCCCCAUACUACAGAACUUGUAGAUAGCUUGGAUAGUGGAUGUUUCUUAGCAACAGAAAAAUUAGUACCUCAUCUUG